AUGUUGUUUGAAGAGGAACAUAUUGAAGAAAUUACUUUAAAUUUCAAUGAUUUCGAUAAUUUUGAUAAUUCAAUUGAUUACAACGACAAUAUGACACAACAAAGUAAUAUAGAUGAGCAAUCUUCAAUUACUAGUUCUGCCACGUCAACAGAAAAA